AUGAAGCUUUACUGGAGAAUCCAAAAUGGUACAAGUGAAAUGGCAAAAUUCUUCCAAGCUAAGUACCAAAACUCAAAGGGUGAGUGGAUUGAGUAUUACAAAAAGUCUUCCAUAUGGCCAGGUAUGAAAUGGGUUAUAAAUGAAGUUCAUGAUCAUUCCAGAUGGAUUGUGGGGAAUGGGACUAAAAUCUCAAUUGGAAAGGAUAUAUGGAUCAAAGAAAAAGCUCUUAUUGAUUUAUACCCAAAAAAUGCUUUCUUACUUCAGUACCCUGACAUGAAAGUGGAAGAUAUAUUAUUGGAUGGUGAAUGGGUAAUUCCAAGUGAAAUCUUGGAAAUGAUUGAAAUAAAUGAACUGCCAGUUGUAAAUAAUGAAGAUGAUAAGAGAGUAUGGUGUGGAUGA